AUGUCCGGUUCGGGGGAGCAGUCGGAGCGGGGUUCUGGAUGGGCACACAAGGACCGGGAGGGGAACAGCGUCGAAGCCUACGCUCCCCUCAAAAAGAACAAGGGGAAGCAGAGGGAGCAGGCUGUUGACCUGGUGGCCGACGGUAUUGAUCCUACUCUCGACGACGAUGACUUGAGCGAUUUGUCGAGCGAUGAUGAAGAUGAGGUCGCACGCCAACGCCCGGCCGCCCAAACAAGUCGGAGUCCCGAGCUCGAAACUCUCGAGCAGAUUGCUGCUAGAGAGCUUGCCGAGACGAAGGCAGCGGAGGACAGGGAAGCUUUGCGAGCGAUUCAAAGAGAGAACCUCAAACGCAAGGCGACCUUUACCGACCUUCGUGCUGCGACCUACAAAGUCAACCGAACCGAGACCGACCUUGGGCCUAUGAGGGAACCCGGACGUCUAGUCACCAAUCAUCAAGUGAAAGACGCAGUCAAGGUGCUACCCAGCCGGUUAGCCGCCCGUUAUCACGCUGUUCUCGAGAAGCGAAAGGCCUUGCCUCCCGUCGGCCAGAAUCCGACGAUCAAGAGCCUUGUUCCGGUGAUCCAUACGCAAACGGCUUUACUGGACGAAAUCGUGGCUCUGACAGGGGAGAUAGCGAGCAGUUAUCAGUGGGUUAGGGCGAUGCAUAUGGUCCAGGAUCAUCUACGAGCCCAGCUCACAGUCGAGGACGAAAAGCUCGACGAAAGGAUCAAGGCUCUCGAAGCCGACGCUGGCGGCUAUCCAGCACACCCAGCACCCGCGGCUGCUCCCGCUCCUGCCCAACCGGCCCAAAACACCCCGGUAACCGGCAUCACUAUGGCCGAUUUGAAGACCGCUAUCAAGAACGAUGAAGGUCUUCGAAAGGUUCUCCGUGGUGUCCUUGUCGGUAUGCCCCCGAGCGAUGUUCCUCAGGCCUCCGUAGCGGGCCCAUCGGGGACCUCUAACCAGGCCGCUACAAGCGCGACAUCGCCCACCGGGAAGAGGUCGAGACCCCCGCGAGCGACACACCGAGACGCCGGUGUCCAUUACGCCGUCAAGAAGCUUAUCGGCAUGCAGUGUCACUGGGGCAGGCACCUCCGUGACAACCACGACGACGAAGGAUAUCUGGUCGAGAACGACUGGCCACUCCCCAUGGAAGACGGCAGUUUGAAGGCCGAUAUCGAACUCGCCAACGGUGAUGUCGAGGUUUCGGCGUGGCGUCCGGAUUGGAAGGCGGUCAAGGUUGGGUCGGCGAAAUGGGCUCCAUUCAUCGAAGAAUGUCUCGCCACCGUCAAGGAUGGAUGGAGGCCAUUGAAGAUGGGCGCAAUCGACGACGACGACGCGAUACGGGCCGCUAUCUGCCAGUAUUGUGCCACACGAGUGGGCAAACAACCGGCGAUUGCGGAGAACGGAGGCAAGCCGUUCGCUGUGUGGCAGCGCCGACGAUUUGGGAUGCUUGCCGAUCGACGACUGGAGCACUUUGCAAACAGUCCGGCGAACAAGACCGUCAAAUCGUCGAUUUACACCCUGUUAACCGGGGUGUUAUUUGUCCCCUCGCUGCACUGUGCCGACCCUCCCGAUACUCGUCGAUACCCGGUCCUUCCCCAAACUGGCCCAGAUGAGCCCGAUAUCGAGACCGAUGGAUGGAAGGUAUGGAGGCGUUACUGCUUCGACGGUAACAAGGAGGCUGCCAACAAGUGCGACGAGCUCUGCUACCCGUACUGGUUGUCUGACGAGUAUAUCGGAGUCGGGGCCUUCCUCGAUGCUAUCCACUUGGAGAAGUAUCGAUCCCAAAACUCGUCGAAGCCCCGUUGGGUGGGACCUAGACGGUAUUGGCCGGUAAAGAAGCCGGUUACCGACGACUUAAGGGCCAGUUUGAAGGACGACACGACGAAGCCCGACCCCGACGGCAAGGGCUGGAUCAUCUACCGGUCGAUGGUCAACGACGAAGCGGCCCAAGAUUGGGAGGCUAACGACCCACUUUUGUGGGCGUUAGUUUACCCCGAUCCUCCUAUCCCCGUCGAGCACCAAGGGCGCCCGUCGAUUGAGACCUUGUCUCAAGCGCAGCACCGCGGUGUGUGGGAGUUAUCGAGGACGUUAGUGGCCUGUCAAAAGCCCGACUUGACCGACGAGCAACUCCUCGACCUCGCCAAGACCUACGCCGCCAUCGAUCAGACCGAGCUCAUCGCUGCCGGUGCCGCCAACAUCGAGGAGGAUCUCGAGGACGAGGAGAUCGAGGACUAA